CCAAUUCGCACUACGAGGACGAGUACCACCGAACAGAAUCUUAUGAGAGAACAUGAUUGUCGUUUAGAUUGAACCAUUCCCGGCCUAAACACAAUACAGUACACAAUCGGUAGGUCAACGAAUCCCACUCGAGAAAUCUAAACAUCUUUGGCGUCUCGGUUGUCUUCGACCGCGCAUCCCACCUUCACACCAAGCUUUGCUUCCAUCAUCCUGCUUCGACUUCGACCUCCCACACGCACGCAAUGGCCACCUUCGUCGUUCCGGGUCAAGUAGUGGGUAGCACGGCCACCCACCUGCCCGGUCCAGGGACACACGUCUACGAGACAAACAUCCUCGCUUCGAUCAUCGGGCGAACCUUCACCAUCCCCGCUGCGACCAAGAACGACAAACCAACCAUCUCAGUGCCCCGUCCAGGCCCGACACCCUCAAACAUAUCGGCCGCCACACCUCUUCCCAAAGUCGGCUCGGUCGUCCUCUGCCGCGUCACACGCGUCCAACAACGACAAGUCUCUGCUUCCAUCCUCCUCAUCGACCCAUCCUCAGAAGACGUGACCUCUUACACGACGGCCACCAACGACGAGAUCCAGUUCCAAGCGGUGCUGCGUCGCGAGGACAUCCGCACGCACGAAAAGGACAAGAUCGUCAUGAACGAGAUGUACAGGGUCGGAGACAUCAUACGGGCUGCCGUGAUCAGCCUCGGUGACGAACGAAACUACUACGUCAGCACGGCCGGCAACGAUUUCGGCGUCGUCGUCGCGACGAGCGGUGCCGGUAACGCCAUGGUCCCCGCCAGCUGGAGGGAAAUGAAGGACGCGGUGACGGGACAAGGAGAGAGCCGAAAAGUCGCGAAGCCUUCAUGAAACAGAGAAUUCCCAAACGGAGUCCUCCAAAGGCACUGGACCCCAUUCCUUUCUUUCACCCUCGGAUUGAGACAACUACGUGUCUAUCCCGUCAGCCGUGGCUGCGCAGCAGGCCGAUUGGGAGGUCUUUCGGACAAGCUAGUACCUGGACCACGUAAACAGGAUUCUUUCCAAAGGCCACACAAAGUGUCAACAACAGCAAAGGUACCGUCAUCAGCACAGCACCCAACCACUCAAAGCCAUUUACGAGGCAACGUCGUCGUGCAGAGCACAAAUUGUGCCCUAGGUAUACCUUGUAAGUGGCGAGGUUCAAUGAACAAAUCUCCCUGCAGUACCGAGCCCCUCUUUCACACACGCUCGGUCACCCUGGCACCAAGUCCUAGGCAUUGGGCAGCUUGCCCCUCGAAAAAAAUCUAAUACGAGGGCUCUCGACCGGAUAUGGAAUUUCUAUUCUGAGACGCCGUACGAUCGAUCAUCCGCCCUUCUGGUGACGACCUGCUCGGCCACCCUGGUCACCUCUUGCGGGAAAGAAUUCGAAUAGUUGAUAGUUUUCGUCGAAUAAGCGCAGAGCAGAAUGUGCAUCGAAACCGAGCGACCUCUGCCUCUUACACACACAAACAUAACCAUGCUCUCGUCUAUCUCCAUGUCCUACGCCACUUCGCAGCUUCCCCCUACCCAGUCAGCUGCCCGUACCUUUACAUCUCACACCAUCACACAUACAUACAUGACAUCAGUCAAUCAAGCAAACCCCUCUCCAGUAUCCAUGGUCACGACCUUUCCAAUGUCAGGCUGUGUUCGUCACGGGAGGGAGAUCAACCCAGAGUCCGUGGGUCAUCAAAACCAUUCACUUGGUUUUUCUUGAUCUUCAGACCUCCUCUUUCCAGGUCUGGCAUUGCUUAGCUUCAAAAGUGGCAUGUCAGAAAGAUUCAACUAUGAGGAAACAGUCUUCUCUGCUAGUGUCUCAACAUCAAAAGUAAAGGUCCUAGCCACGGUUUGCUCCCUUUCACAAACCCAUAAGUUUCCAUUGAUAAAAUAUUCAUCCUCAACCCCUCUUCCUGUGUUUCCCAUGUAACCAGCAUUCGGUGCAGUCAAACAUUGAAGCUCCAGAACGCCUCGCUAUGCCGCUCCACCAUCCUAUUCGCAUAUUCAACCUCCAUGUUCAGGGGUAUAUAAUGAACGCAAAACAAUAAGCUUCCUCGUGCAAGACUGCAACAAUCUUAUCUGUGCCCGGCUCCUCUAACC